AUGGCCCAGAUCCAUUUGCUAGUGGCAGGAGUGAUGCUCUGCUCCAUCCUUGCCUGCUCUCUUGGCAGGGACUCGCUUUGGAUCCAUAGCCUAAAAAACAGGGAGAUCUUCAUGCUGUUGAGACAGCUGGAAAAAAUCCACUCUAAGUCAUGCCUGAACGACGGAACCUACUUCAAAUUUCCUUGGGAAAGCGAGACUAUCACCCAAAUCCGGAAGACGCAGGGCACCUGUUUCCACUAUGUGAUGCUCCAGCAGAUCAUCAACCUCUUCAACACAGACGACAGCCGUGCUGCUUGGAACAACGCCCUCCUGGAUCAACUACUCUCUAGGCUUGAUCACAGCCUGGAGCAGCUGGAAGAAGAAAACCUGGCUUGUCCCUAUUUGGGAACUGUUGCCUGGAAUUACUUCCAAAAAAUCAAUCACUAUCUGAAGGAAAAGGAAUUCAGUCCCUGUGCCUGGGAGGUUGUCAGAGGGGAAAUGGAAGUGUGCCUCUCCCUCAUGUAA